GCUGCUUGGGACGGAAGCUCGGUUGGUGUUUCUCCUGAAGUUUCCCCCUUGGGUGGCGGCGGAGCUGGUAACCGUGGUAGUGGCUACUCGGGCGACAGCAACAGUCAUUUGAGGGGGCAUGGCGGCGGCCGCAGCGGGACCCGCGACAACCCAGAGGUUUUUCCGGAGCUUCUCGGAUGCUCUGAUCGAGAAGGAUCCCCAGGCGGCGUUAGAGGAGCUGACUAAGGCUUUGGAGCAGAAACCAGAUGAUGCACAAUAUUUUUGUCAAAGAGCUUAUUGUCACAUUCUUCUUGGGAAUUAUUCUGAUGCUGUUGCUGAUGCAAAGAAAACUCUUGAACUUAAUCCAGAUAAUUCCACUGCUAUGCUUAGAAAAGGGAUAUGUGAAUACCACGAAAAGAACUAUGCUGCUGCUCUAGAAACUUUUUUGGAAGGACAGAAAUUAGAUAAUGCAGAUGUUGACUUUUUAGUCUGGAUUAAAAAGUGUCAAGAAAGUAAAAAUGGAUUACAUUCUGAGGAGAAUCAGUCUGCAUCUCAGCAGACAUCCCAGUCAAAAAUCAGGUAUGACUGGUAUCAGACAGACUCGCAAGUAAUCAUUACACUAAUGAUUAAGAAUAUUCAGAAGAAUGAUGUAAAUGUGGAAUUUUCAGAAAAAGAGUUGUCUGCUUUGGUGAAACUUCCUUCUGGAGAGGAUUACAAUUUGAAACUGAGUCUUCUUCAUCCUAUAAUACCAGAGCAGAGCACAUUUAAAGUUCUUUCAACAAAGAUUGAAAUUAAAAUGAAAAAGCCAGAGGCUGUGAGAUGGGAAAAGCUAGAAGGGCAAGGAGAUAUGCCUAAGCCAAGGCAGUUCAUAGCAGAUGUAAAGAACCUAUAUCCAUCAUCAUCUCAUUAUACAAGAAAUUGGGAUAAAUUGGUUGGUGAGAUCAAAGAAGAAGAGAAAAAUGAAAAACUGGAAGGAGAUGCAGCUUUAAACAAAUUAUUUCAGCAAAUCUAUUCAGAUGGUUCUGAUGAAGUGAAACGUGCCAUGAAUAAAUCAUUUAUGGAGUCCGGUGGUACAGUUUUGAGUACCAAUUGGUCUGAUGUAGGUAAAAGGAAAGUUGAAAUCAAUCCUCCUGAUGAUAUGGAAUGGAAAAAGUACUAAAUAAAUUUGCUAUCACUGUAUUGAAUAUA